GUUUUUAUAAAUCUUUCGGACCACAGUUUUAACCAAUAUCCAAGACCAAUGCUUUGUUUUUUUCUGAAAUAUAAAUCUUCGAAUGUUCGAUUUUAGUUGAAGCCUAAGACAUUAUAAAUGCUGCAAAAGUACACUACACAUGAUUUGUUGUAUUAAGAAAGGACUAUAUGUUGGAUUUUGAUUUCAGAAGCAAUAAUUUAAAAAGAUCUGAAUUAUAUCUGCUUCAGUGUUCCAUUUAUGGCCAUUUGGUAGAGUAACUAAUUUUUAUAUUUGUCCUUACAAUCACUGGUUGAAGUAAAGAUUUUGGUAGUUAUCAUGAAUGUGUUUUGCAAUGUCUAUUUAUAUGAAUCCUCACAGUUAAACAUUUUCACUUUGAUAUGUUAUCAUAUAUACAUGACUGUCCAUUGUCCAUGUAAUUUAAUGUACAUGUUUCUGUAAAAGUUGGUUUCCUAUCAGGAUAUCUUUGUUUUAACAUAAAUUAUAGAAAUUGGGGUGAAUUUAUUACACUCUCUAAAAAUAAAUGAUUUAUGUAAUAUUACUGAUGAAAUAAAAUACGCAAUACUUUUGUUUUAUUGUGAAUUCAUUGCAUUGGUUGGUUUUUGUUGUUUGGUUGGUUCGAUCUGCAUGUCGAAGUUAGACUCGGAAAUGUGCUGUACAUUUAAAAAACAAAAAUAUUUCAAAAUUCCAUAUUGGAAUAAUAGUAUAUUUAAUUUGAAUUAAAAUAGUGAGACUCACUUUUUCAUUUUAGUAAAUAUAUUCUUGAUUGCCUUUUAGAAUACUUCGUGUAAUAUUGUAUUACAUGUACUUGUAUUUUCAAAUUAAUGACAAAAGUCAUUGGGUACCUUGAGGUGAUAUCAUCAUUAAAACAGUGGAUUCACAUGGUGAAAUAUUGUUACAAGUUGAGUGCAUUGGACACAUACUUACAACUGUUUGGAAGAAUUUGGUGUAAUCUUUUUCUCUUAAUACAAAAUGAAAUAAAAUAUAAGAAUCUGGUAAAACUGAUGGCAAAAAGUACUGAUAUUUGUAAUAAGAGUUUUCAUUAGUUAUUUUAGCUAUCAAAAUUGCAUCAUCUGCAAUAGUUUUUUUUAUGAAAAAAUAAAUGAACACAUUUUUCACCAUGUAUAAGGAAAUACAUGUAUAGCAAACUCUAACUCAUGAUUUGUUUAUAAUUAAUAAGUAACAUCGCUAUCGCAGAUAAAGAAGCAGAUAGAUGAGUUCCGAAAGUCGGCCCUGCUGACACUGUUCGAGAUCUUUCUGAUGGCAAGACAGGCAAACUGGGGGAACAGAGAGGCCAGCUUCUUCAACAUCAGCUGCGUCAUAAAGACCAUGGAGGAAAUGAGGAUGACGGAAGGGUUUGUGGAGAAUGUGAUUGACCAGAUGAUGAAGUUUAUCGGGCCGACUCGUAAAGACGCUCUGAAGCCUCAGGAGGCGGUGACUCUCUAUGUACAGUUCUCCGUCCUACAAACUUUUCUACACUACAGUCCCAAGAUCUCCGCCUUCAUCCGCAGCCACUAUCUGGAGGAGUUUAAGUACUUUGUGCAGGUGCCUGUGGUGAUGAAGAAGCUGCCCCAGUCCUACCCCAUCUGUAUGAUCACUGUGACCCUCAUCGAGUCGGUCACCAUCAAGAUCCUUGACUCGGGGACCUCCAUCUUCCCCAAAUCCCCAAGCAAGAAGAAGGGCGUAACCACAAUGUCUGACAUAGACACACUGUCCUUGGCAGGCAGGAGACUAUCCUCGGUGUCCAAUGCGUGGUGAUGUCACCGGAAGAGUGUCCAAUGUGGAGUGACGUCACCGGAAUAGUGUCCAAUGUUGGAUGACGUCAUAGAUAGUGUUCAAUGUAAGAUGACGUCAUCUACGGAAUGGUUUCCAAUGUGGAAUGACGCCACCAGAAUAGUCUUGCUGGAUUUAAAGCCAGCACUCAGUACGCUUCAUGAUAUAAUUUACUUUAACACUAGUAAUAUCUGUGUGUGUUUUUACAAGUCACGUUGGACAGUGCUUCGCAAACUGGAAACCCAUAAGUACUUUAUUUUACAUUGUACUAUAAAUGAAGAAGAGUUUUAUAUUUAUAUGCUUCCUGUACAUGUGUUGAACUCAUAUUUGACUACUGUUCAAAAUGAAUUGAAUCCUUUUUAUAGAUGUAACAAUUUAUCAUUAUUCCUUUGCAUUGCAUGGUAUGUUUUAUCAAAGUCAUGUGUUACAAUGUUGGUUCUAACACAAGCAUGAUAAAUUGUUCACGUGUCAUUUCUUGGACGAAGAAACGAUGUUUCAGAGAAAUUUUA